AUGACAAUAACUAAUAUGACUCUAGUAAAAGUGGCUGCAGUGGGAGGCAUUGCCACAGUGCUUAUGGGAUUUACAGCCAGAGCGAAAAUAGAAAACAACAUAAAAACAGCGUCGUUUUACAAAGAAGCCCUGGAACAAGUUCGGGGGCACCCUGCUGCAGUGCAACUAUUAGGAAAGCCCAUUAGGGACGGUUAUAUCAAUGUGGGCAGAUCCAGUGAGAACCUUAUUGAAGGGAACAAAGGACAUUUCACCGUGCCGCUCAAAGGACAGAAACAAAAAGGAACCAUGUAUUUAUAUACCACCAAAGAAGACAAUGAUGUAGAAUGGACCCUCAGUCGGAUAGAGCUGGCCGUUGCUAACUUGCCAGAUAAAAAACUCAUAGUGAAAAACGAUGAAAACAAGCAAACAAUUAAGCUCGAAGUUGCGGUAACGGAUUCAAAGUCGGUUAAAAAUGGUGAAACUUGAUUACCUUAUAGCACAAAGGAAAUCAUGUUUAUACAGAAAUACGGUGGACGUUUUCAAAAGGCUUGUUAAACUGUAAAUAAGUAUAAUACAUCUGUUACAAUCAGGCUCCAAUCACCAGAAA